CUACCUGCACUCGUAUAGUUGAGAAAUUCGUUGGCUUCAAUGUUCCAACACAGUCUUGCCAUGGAUUCCCCAAUUGUGACGCAGUUGUUUAAGCAACUGUUCCGACAUCGAGCCUGCCAGCCUCGAAGGAACUUCGCCCAGCUCGCGACCACGAUCCAACAUGUCCGACGCCUCCAACAGCGCUCGUUCUCGAGCCGCAGAGGCGGCAAGGUCACGCCCAGUAAUGAGAGCAACUGGCAGCAGCGCACCGCUAUCUUCACUGCGGACAUGUCAGAGGAGUACAAACAGUAUCCAAUGGUGACUGCAAUGGACUUGAGGAACCGGAAAGAGAGGCCAAAGAGGGUUAAGAUGCUGAUGAGAGACUUCAUCGAAGACAGUCUCUACAACCCAAAUUACGGCUAUUUCUCCAAACAAGUGGUCAUAUUUAGCCCCGGAGAGCCGUUCAACUUUCCCUCCUUGCGCGACGAGCUCGAGUUCCACUCUCAACUGUCGAAACGCUACGUUGAAUUCGAAGACAGCCUCGAUGCUGUCGAACCAUCGGACACGCGGCAGCUCUGGUACACCCCUACCGAGCUCUUCCGCCCGUACUAUGGCGAGGCAAUUGCCCGGUACCUUGUCGCCAAUUACAAGCUGACGACGUACCCCUACCAUGAUCUGAUCAUCUACGAGAUGGGCGCAGGGAGGGGUACACUGAUGCUCAAUAUCCUAGACUACAUCCGGGCGAUAGACCCAGCCGUAUAUGACCGCACCAAAUAUAAAAUCAUCGAGAUCAGCUCCCAGCUCGCAAAUAUCCAAAACAGCCAACUACUCUCCAACGCCGCAUCCCGCGGUCACGCGAACAAGGUAGAGAUCAUCAACAAGUCCAUCUUCGACUGGGAUCAGCCCGUCCCCUCGCCCUGCUUCUUCCUGGCCUUUGAGGUCUUCGACAACUUCGCCCACGACAUUGUGCGCUACGACUUGUCCACCGAGGAGCCGCUCCAGGGGACCGUGCUGAUCGACGAGGGCGGCGACUUCUACGACUUCUACGAGCCCGUCCUCGACCCCGUGGCGGCCCGCCUCCUCCGCGUCCGCCACGCCGCUACGGGGGGCCGGUACUCCCUCCCCUACCCGGCGACGCGCCUCGGCCGCUGGCUCCAGGCCAACCGCCCCUUCGCCCCGAACCUCAGCCAGCCCGAGUACCUCCCGACCCGCCUGAUGCAGUUCUUCGACGUCCUGGAGCGCUACUUCCCCGCCCACCGCCUCGUCACCAGCGACUUCCACUCCCUGCCCGAUGCUAUCGCGGGCAUGAACGCCCCCGUCGUGCAGACGCGGUAUGAGCGCCGGCCGGUGCCCGUCACAACCCCCUUGGUUCACCAGGGGUACUUCGACAUCAUGUUCCCCACCGACUUCCGCAUCACCGAGGCCAUCUACCAAGCCAUCACGGGGAAGCUGACCAAGGUCCUGUCGCACGAGGACUUCAUGCGCCGGUGGGCAUACAUGGAGGAGACGGAGACCAGGAGCGGAGAGAACCCGCUUCUGAGCUGGUACAAGAACGCCAGCGUCAUGUUCACUGUAUGAUAGAGAAACACCGCCAUGGCCCCAUGUUCGACAUAGCCGGUAGUGAUGAACAAAGCGAACAUUUUUGUGUGUUUUGCACGCAAACACGG